AUGGACGCGAAGAAGAUUCUUCCGGACCGAAAGCCUACCACAGCGAAGAAAGCCAAAGCUGCCCUUCGCGAGCUAGGCUUUUCGGCACGCCUGCAAGAUGUCAGCAACAGCAAGAGCAACGACAUAGAAAUCAUCUCCCCGGACAUCCCCACCGACGGCAAUGUCGGUCAAGCGAACAGCGUGGAGUCGACCAUCACCGCCGUUAUCGGCCGCAAGGCGCAACAAGCGGUCCCUAUUCCUACCCCUACUCCCAGAUACACCAGUCAGCCGCCAACCUUGAAGCGAUCAGCGUCCUCUGAGCUCUUGAAGAUUGAGGAACUCGGCAUUUAUAUGGAGGCGUGCGCGAGGUAUAACCGGGGUGUCAGAGAGGGGUGGAGCGAGGAGGAGCUUCUGCGGAUGAUUGACAGCAUGGGGGGAAAGGCUACCAGGAGCUGA